CUUUUUUUUUCAGUAAUAAUGGCGCACUUGCGAAAGGUGGAUAGUUUUCUCUAAAAUCCUUUUAUUUAGUGCGGUGAAGUAAAAAAGUGGUUUUAUUAAUGCCGUACCGCAGGCGUUUCUCCGUCAAAAUGCCGGAUUUCGAUGACGAUGUGACCGUCGUUGAUGUGUACGACUUGGCUUCAGAUAUUGGAAAGGAAUGUGAAAUAAUAAUUGAGAAGUACGGCCCUGAAGCCGUGACUGCACUUCUACCGAAAGUGAUAAAUGCUCUAGAACUCCUGGAAAACUUAGCAGUUCGAAACGAGAAAGAAAAUCGGGCAUUACACGAGUUGACCGCUAAGAUAUCCCAGUUAGAAAACGAUAAGAUCGAAAAAGCAGAAUACAGACAACGAUUUGAAAAGGAAAUAGAAGCAAUUGAAGAGCAAUGGAGAACAGAAUCAGCAGAACUAGUCACAGCUGUAGCAAGGUUACAAGAUGAAAACAAACGACUGAGAAGAACAGUUAACUCGCCUGCGGACGGUGAGUUUAGAUGUACAAGUGCGCCCCCUUCACCGGCGCGGGAACAUGAUCAAGAGGUGCUAUCACGGCUCAGCAGUACUGCCGAGAAACAGAGAGCUACUCUUCGCCAUCAGGAGCUGCAAUUGCAAGAGAAGCAGCAGCUGAUUGACAGUUUGACGAACCAAGUAGAAAAGUUGGCGCAAGUCAGCCGCGAUCUACGACGAAAGCAUAAGCAGCUGCAAAAUCAAAUGCGCUUAGUAUGCGAAGAAAGAACAGAAUUAUCGGCUAUAGUUCAGUCCCAACAAAGAGACAUCACUGUUUUACAGCAAUCGGACGCACAGAACAAGAAGUGCGCAUCGUGCGGUGUAACGUUUCCUGAAGGCACAGACGAUGAAGACCAAUCGUCGAAACCGACAUUCAGUGUUCGUGAGCUGCGUGCAAUAUUACACGAGCGAAAUGAGUUGAAACUUAAAUUGAAUAGGGCUGAAGAGCAAUUGCAGGCGCUACAGACGGAGCCGCAACCAGAUAGCAGCGGCUCGGACACAUCGCCAUCUCUUACUAGCACAGUACCGGAAGAGGACGAGGCUCCCGUACAAGGACCACUUCCAGCUGAACCGGACGACGCGCCGUGGAAACGUAACAGCGGAAUAAGGAAGUUGUUUCGGCUGGCGACAUGGCGCGCUGAAGGGAGACGAUCGCCACCUCCAAGGAUCUCUUUCGGCCCCUGGUAUUAGAAUCAGAAAGAUUGCAUAAAUUGCUGAACAACUGUAUUUUCUUGAACCCGACUUGGAGUUCGUUUAAAAGUUAAUUUCAACAUUAUUUGCAUUCAACGCAUAGUGUUUAUUCGUUUGGAUGCUUAGUGGACUAUACAAAAGUGUGGUUACGCUAAGCUACCCUUAAUACUGUUUUUAUCACUCGUAUGACUUAUGUACUACACCACGCAAGAUUUUUUGGUACUGAUUUGCUUUAACUUUAAAGACACUGUUAAGAAGAUUGUUGAAUUAAUUUAUACCAAAAACAUGUUCUUUCAAACCACAUUUCACGUUUCAAAAUAUUAAUAGCUUAUGUAAUAUUAAUGAAAAUAUUUAUUCAAAUGGCCUAAUAAAGUGAAUUCUUCGAAUUGUUCUGUCAUUUGACCUCUAUACAUUGGUUUUAAGCCAUUCUAAGUAUUAAGUUACCAAAAUGAUUAUUUAUUAAAAAAAACAACUGUUUCUAAAAGUAGCUCAUAGACCAACUAAAGUUAUCCGUUCUUCCAUACUUUUAGGAGGGUAGAUGUCACAAACGAUACAUAAUUUACGUUUGCAAAGUUAUCUCUCAGAUAUUACGGUUAUGUGGGUAGUUUGCAAAUGUAACCGGUCUGUAUCUUUCAAUAGACUCGACUAGAUGAUGUGCCUCAUACAAUCACUUUUUAAUCAAUAGAGUAUUUCGUAGGAUGUUUAGAAUAAGUGUGCGGGACCAUAACCCCGCUAGUGUAAGAAUAUAUUCAUUCCUAUUUGCUCGUUUUUUAGAUCUGUCUGUCUUUGUUAAAAACGCUGGCGUUAAUUUUAUGAUGAACACUGCAAAGCCAUAAGUCAUGGUAUGCUCACACGGCGAUAUUUUAGGUUCUGAUAGAAAAAUACCCGAUCGUUUAAGGUUUUUCUCGUCUCCCAUAUUCAUUGAAACUUUGCUUAAUCCAUAUCCCUUUAGUCGUAGCAGACAACCGUAAUAUUUUUGGUUGCAUAUGGAUAAGCGUAGGUAAUAUACGAUUUUGAUCCUUCAUAGGCAUGGGAGUCUCACAAACAUCAGAAUGUUUGUAUGGCAACUUAUGCCAAUGCAGUUAUGAAGGAAAUGAAAGUGAUAGUGUAGACAUACUAUUUCCCCAGCUACUAUUGUCCCAGCUCUUAAUUUUGUAUAUUAUCAGCUAAAAACAUUCAGAAGUUUUACCUCAAAUCGUAUUUUUAAUUUAACUAACCUUGCUGUUUAAAUAUUUUGGAGCGAUUUUAUGUGUCGGUGGUUAUAUUUUUAUGUAAAAGCAAGUUAAUGACGACAGACAGCAAUUUAAAAUAAGUAAUGCGUUAAUAUAUUUUAUAAGUGACAUAUUUAUUUCAAUGUCAGAAAUGCUAGUCACCGUAUUGCUGGGUACUAGAUUUAAGAAUGUUUUGGCAUCAUGACGGUAACUUAUUAUGUACUGUUUGUUUUUAAGUUCAAUAUUUUAUAGGCAAUCUAUAAUCGAAGAACUUUAUUUCCCUUUAUGACCAAUUACAGAGGAAUAUUAUAAGUAAUAUGAAGUGUAUUUUUUUUGUUAUGGUAACCCACAUGCUCACAUAAUAGUACUAUUAAUACGGCAUGAUCUUACCGUACGGAAUUCUCAAUUCAAUUUUAAUUUCUAUUCCUGAUUUUAGAAAUUCAGGCACAGAAAUUAUAACAUAUAUGUUGAAUUUAUUUAAAAACGCUGUUAUACUAACACAUUUCCUUCAUGUAAAGUUCUCGACUUAGACUUAGCUAGCCUUGAUUUGUUGAAAACAAUGCGAUACGAACAAAACGUUCCGUAUAUAAUCAGUAAUUAAAUUAAACCUUCGAAUCUUUCGUUCUAGAUAAGUGGUUUAAGUAUAAGCUACUUAUCAUCAUAAACAUUACAUAACGAUUUACCGUCUUGAAUAAAUCACAAGUUUUGGGUUUUUGGGAACAUUCACUAAAUCUAUCAUUCCAUUAUAUUAUUCUUUAAAUGUUUAUUAAAUUAAAAAUUAAGACUAUGUAUCAUUGUGAUUAAUGUUGACGGUGUCAAAUUAAAUAAUGUUUAUAUGA